AUGUCCAGGAUCCUGCUGACGGUGGUGGUGAUCUUCCGCAUCCUGAUCGUGGCCAUCGUGGGCGAGACGGUGUACGAGGACGAGCAGACCAUGUUCAUGUGCAACACGCUGCAGCCGGGCUGCAACCAGGCGUGCUACGACAAAGCCUUCCCCAUCUCCCACAUCCGCUACUGGGUCUUCCAGAUCAUCCUGGUCUGCACCCCCAGCCUCUGCUUCAUCACCUACUCCGUCCACCAGUCGGCCAAGCACUCCAAAACCAAACGGCAAGAAGGCAUCUCCCGCUUCUACGUCAUCCAGGUGGUUUUCCGCAACGCCCUGGAGAUCGGCUUCUUGGCCGGGCAGUAUUUCCUCUACGGCUUCAACGUGCCGGCCAUCUUCGAGUGCGACCGCUACCCGUGCGUCAAGGAGGUGGAGUGCUACGUCUCGCGCCCCACCGAGAAAACCGUCUUCCUC